UUCACAGUCGCCCGCAACCCUCCAGCCACUGGAACAUCCUUUUCAGGGGGAAUUACACCAGCUGCGUGUUCCAUAGGCUUUGUUUCUACCUCAAGAAUUUUAAGCUUUCUUUUAAGGUGCAGUAUACAAUUGCACACUUUGUCGAGCAUGAUGAAGUGGAGGUGGUUCCAUGCACAUCGAUAUCUGGAAGUUUUUGCAAGUGGCCAAGACUUCCCACAAACAAAGUUCCUGCCAUGAUCAAAAAGGGAUCUCUCCCAGGCCACAGCUACGACAACUACAAAGUGGACAUGAAAGGAAUAUUCCCAACCUACGAAAAAGUGCGAGAGAAUCUGGCAGUCUCUGAGUACACUUCUGACUUCAGCGGUGCAAAGGAGUUACCACCUAAGAGAAUACGACGUGCUCGCACAUUUGACAGUGACGAAGAUGACGCAUUCCCUGCUGUACCUGACAGCUUCGCAAAAUCUGGUUAUUCUGGGAAAUCUCCAUCCUCAUGCCAGUCCAGGAGGAGUAGCACAGGUUCCAACCAGCGUAGCUGCUCUCCCACACCGUCUUACAGUAAAGAGAUACCUUGUGCCUCUUCACAAGAUGCACGUCGCCCUGGGUCUGCUUUAACUGGUUCUUGCCUCGACACCACUACGCGAUUCCAGGAAUCGUACACCCAACCUGCCACGGAGAGCCAGCCAAUUCUACCAAGCUUGCUGGACACCACUAUUUUCAACGAGCCAGGUAUGUAA